GUGAAAUAAAAUAAAAUAAAGGUCAUGAUAAAGUAACGUUAAUUUAAUUAGAGGUGCAGUUCUUAAAUCUUCUAGAGUAUUUUUUCCCCUAUUGCCCAAUCGAUGUUAUUUGUAGUGACAGUAGAAACCAUAGGAAUGCUGUGGUACAAACUGUAAAACAAAUGGUGACGUCAUUGAAGUAUGCGCAUUGACCUCUCAACUCCUGAAGCGGAGAAUGUAAAAAAAAAACAUUACAAUUAUGUUACAUUUGUCACAACAGUAUUGAGAACAAUUUCAUUCCUUUUAAACAUAUGUCUCAGUAUAGUUAGUUAUUUUCCCCAAAAAUACUUGUACAUUUACCUUCCUGGUUUCUUUGUGUACAGUGAGGUAGUACGCAAACUACUUAAUCAUGCUCGUACACAACGAGGGUUGUUGUCUUCCUAUUAUCCGUUUAUGUGGUCGGUAGCUACUAAGCUUACCAAUAAUGACAGUGCCAAUUUUGGAUAAAUGCUUCAAGCGGAGAAAUUGAAUAGUUCUUUUUUACGACCAUCUAAGAUAUGCCAUACCGAAAGUUAUCGCUGUGCAAGUAGCUAGAAGGUACAGGCUAGCGAAUAUUGGCUACAUCUCGACGGGGUUUUCUCCUUCCCUUGUCUGUCUCGCCUGUUCUUGUUGAGGCUGGAUAGUGAUUUAUUAAUUCAUUAGCUAGCUAGUCAUUAAAUUCAAGCUCGUGCCCAGCCAGAAUAGGAUGAACUGGCUUUUCCCCUCAUCCAAGGGUUCCGGACCUCUCCCACCUCUUAAUAGCUUGCAGCAACAAAGACAACGGCAGAUCGAGUCUCUCAAAGCUGCCCACUCCAGCUUAGCCGAGAUCCAGAAAGAUGUGGAGUACAGAAUCCCUUUCACAGUCAACAACUCAACCAUCAACGUCAACAUCUUGCUUCCGCCUCAGUUUCCCCAGGAGAAACCAGCAGUCAGUGUGUACCCUCCAGUAGGACAUCACCUGGUAGACAGCAACAAUGGCACCAUGGUUACCAGCCCCCUCAUUACCAAUUUUGGAAUGCACUCAGAUCUGGGCAAAGUCAUCCAGAGUCUCCUGGAUGAGUUCUGGAAGAGUCCACCGGUCCUGACGUCUGGCCCCACCGGCUUCCCUUAUAACAUGUACAAGCCGUCAGGGAUGCCUCCCUACCCCACACAGAGCUUCCACUACGGGCUGCGCCCCGUGGGCCCCACCCCGGCCCCCAUGCCCCACGCGGGUGUAGAGGGAGCUCACGGUCACUGCCCUCCCUGGGCAGCAGCCCCUGUCUACGGCCUCAUCACCGACCUGCCUCUCCCCGUACCCACCGCAGACUCCCAGGCUGGGUUGAACGGCCACAUGUACAAGAUGCCUGAGAUUCCUGAAACAUUUCCUGAGCUGUCUGAAAUGAGUGCGUCCCAGCUGAAGGACAUGAGUGAGCAGGAGGAUGUGCUGCUGGAGUUGUUUGUGUGUCUGCCCCAGCUCAAACAGGUCACCACUGACAAGGAGGAGCUGGUCAACAGCAUUGUGGACAUGGCCAAGAAGAACCUGCAGCUGGAACCUCAGCUGGAGGGGACGAGACAAGAAAUGCUGUUCAAGUACGAGCAGCUAACCCAGAACAAAUCGGCCUUUGAGACCAAGAUGCAGAGACAGCAUGACAUCAGUGAGAGCUGCAGUCUGAGUGCCCUGCAGGCUCGUCUGAAGGUGGCAGCCCACCAGGCGGAGGAGGAGUCAGAGGAGACGGCCGAGAGCUUCCUGGAGGGCAAGACGGACAUCGACGACUUCCUGGCCAACUUCAUGGAGAAGAGGACGCUCUGCCACAGCAGAAGGGCCAAAGAGGAGAAGCUGCAACAGUCCAUCAACACACACGGACAGUUCCCCAGCAGCCACUGAGCCCCUUCCCCUCACAUGUUUAUAAAAGGCUGCAUUUCUUUUCUUCUCUUCUCAAGUAUGGAGAUGUAUCUACCAGCAACACACCCCUAAAGAGAGCAGAAGCACAUCUUGGUGUUGAUAGAGGCUAAGAAGCAACCAUUGUGGUAUGAAUUGUAAUCCUGAACUAGGCUUUUGAACUCAUUUCAGUAUACAGUUUCCAGUGAUGAUGAUGGUAUGACUUGUCUCAUACGUACAUACCUACUUGAAUUUGGAGGAUGAGUUUGCUAACGCUGCUGAACACCCAACUACAACUGAUACUGUAUUUAAAUAAUGUUAAUAAUAGCCUUUAUUAUAAUCAGACACCUUGUACUAUGUUAUUUAAUUUCUUUAGGUUAAUAAACCAUUCAGAACAUUUGUUUACUAAGAA